GGAAAACCAAAAACGAGGGCGCGAGCUGUGCGGCUACCGCUCCGUGUGACUUGAUGGGCCCCUCUCUGAAAUGGAGAUGCUUGCUUGGGACCCACAGGGUGUUGGGCGUUGGAUGGUGUUGAUUCCUCCCGGUAGUGUCCUGAAGGCCCGAAGGACGUCUGGCUUUUGAUCUUGGACAGGAGUCGGGGCCCUGGACAAGUCCCUUGCCCUCUAGAUCUGUGUUGUGAGAAGAUUGGACUAAAUGGCUCUCAAUAAUCCCUUUCACCCUCCAAUUUUGUUGUGUACGUUUGAAACACCAGGACUUGCUGUCCUUCCAGGGCGCAGCCACAUAAGCCUGGCUGUGUUAGACACAUAGCCUCCAAGAUCUCGAGGUUCUAGGCUACGAAGAGGCAUUGUGGUUCCCAAAGUUGUUUCACCGCUUUGUCCUGACAAACCUCCAUAUGUGUGCCCAACCAUGUGUGUGCCUAUGGCUUUGAAUGUGUGGAGAAAAACAAGUCCAUGGGCCAUACACAAGUCACGUGAACCAGAGCUUGUUCCAGGUGGCAACAGUGGCUUGGAGAUCAGGAGCAACGGUGACGUGGGUUCUCUUUGCACCUGGUUUCCUAGCUGGAAAGCAGAUGUUAGCUCCUGGCCUGUCUUCACUGUUUGUUUUUGUUUUGUUAAGCUUUUUAAUUUAAUUCAUUUAGAGCCAAACUUGCAGGCACACGAAUCUUUAAUCCCAGCAGAGGGAGACAGAGGCAGGUAGGGCUAAGUGGUGAGACCCUGUAUUGAGAAAAGCAAAAAACAAGCAGAACUAUAGUAGGUGGGCCAGACAUAGUGGCAAAUGCCUGUCAUCCUAGCACUUGGAUGUUGGAGGCAGGAAGAUCAGCAGCCAGCAGCAAAGUCAGCCUGGGCUGUGUCUCAAAAAAAACAAAAAAACGAAAUAACAAUAGCACAUAUUACAAAAGGCCACAGUAUUGCUGUAGGAGAUACGAACCAUGACAGGGGAACACCUUCAGUUCCUGCUUAGCUACUAUGUGCUGGAUGGGCCAAGUCCUUUCCUGGGGGUUAUGGGCUCUAUGAAUGGAAUCAAGAGGAUUAGUAGCUACCAUUUAUGUAUGCUGGAUGCCUUAAACAUUCUGUGUGUGUGUGUGUGUGUGUGUGGUGCUGAGGGUUAAACCCACGACCUCGCACAGGUGAACCAAACAGUCUACUUCUGAGCUUCACCUGAGAGAAAAAUGUGGGAUUCUUUUAUCUUUCUCUGCCGUUUCAUCGCUGCCUCUUGUUCCCCACUUUUUGGUCUUUUCCUUCCCCAUCUAUUCUCCCUUCUAUUUUCCUGUCCUGUGGGGGAUGUGUGCGUGCGUGUGCGUAUGUCUGCGUGUGUGCAUGUGUAUUACGCGUACGUACACUUACUCUAGAAUCUGAAGAUGGCUUUGUGAGGAAGCGUGCCUACCCCAUUCCUGACAACCCAGGUUGACUGCAGGUACCUGGAGCCACAACACUUCUGCAGCCAAUUCAGGGGAGGAGAUGAGUCACCUGAAAGCUGGCAGAUCCCGUUCAGCGUGAGGAAUAAAAAAAGAACUGCUUUAACACCCACCGUGGGAGGCGGGGACCAGCGCCCCAAAGCUGUCCUCUGCUUUCCAGAUGAGUGCUGUGGCAAACAUAUGCAUGUUCUUAGUCUCUGAAACACCAGUCAACUGAUUAAUGACUUUAAAAAGAUGUAUUUAUUUUACAUAGGACAUGUACCUACACGCCAGAAGAGGGCAUCAGAUCCUAGGAUAGACUGGUUGGGAGCUAGCAUCAGCUGCUGGUAAUUGAGUUCAGGAACUCUGGAAGAGCAGACAGUGCUCUUCACCUCUGAGCUACCUUUCCAGCACCUACAUUUUAAAUUUUAGAUUCUGCAAAUGAGAGAAAAUGUGAAAAUGGUCUUUCUGAGGUUGGGUUGUUUUAUAGAGCAUGGUGAUCUCCUAUUUCUAUCCAUUUUCUUGCAAGUGGCAUCGUUCUGUUGUCCUCUGUACCUUAAAACUUCAUUGAGUAUAUGUCCCAUGUGUCUUUGUCCACUCCUCUGUUGAUGGGCUUUUUCAUUCUUCUUGCCACUGAUGCUAUCCCUGACCUUCCUAUUCAUGUACCCAUUCAUCACUCAUUAGCAAGUAUUACGUCCAGCCUGUAUCACAUCCUCUAAUCCUUUAAGCACGUAAGUGGAUAAAGCAGCCACAGGCCCUUGAUUGCACAGACAGCCAAUAUAAGCCAAUAUAAGACAGCUGCAUAUAAAAGGGCAGAGACAAGCAGGAGGAUAAAGGAGAGGAAGACCCUGGGAGAGAGAGGUGCAGACUGCCAGUGACUGCAAUUGUCUCCGGGAUGACUUGGGAGGCCUCGCUAGGAAGGUGAUGUUUCAGCCCCAGUUUGAAGGAGACAAGAGAGAGUUUGUCCAGGGAGAGGAAGUAAAGCCAAGUCGGCUUUAGGGCCUCAGGGCUGAGAGCUCUUUUUUUUUCCCCCAGUGAAGCAGGAAGCAGGACAUGAGGUCAGAGGAGAAGGGCGGUACUGUGAGGAGGGCUCGGAGAGUGUAGAAGAGAUUGUCUCUUACUUUUUGAUUUUUAAGGAAAGGAAAUUUACUGGUUGCAGUUCCAAAAUCUAGGCCCCGGCAUCUGCUCAGGGCCUCCUUGCUCCAUCAUCCCAAGGCAGAGGCACAGGCCAGGAGAGCAGGAUUUUGGUUUGGACGGAGUAGCGCCCGGCCAGCACACAGUCAAAAGCCCAUUGUUCUUCCCCUGGGGAAGAGGAGGCUGCGGUUCUGACUUAUGCCUGUAAACAACUCUGGAGAGAGCAGACAAACAGGCUUCAGGGCCUGGUGAGUCACUUCUGGGGGCCGGGCCCUCUUUUUCGGGUUGUUUCUCCUCCCGCCCUAGGCUCAGGUGGCUCCUGCAGGCCACUGCGGCCCAGGACUGCCACCUGGUGGCCACGUUCUGACUUGACGCAGCCUCACAGCUUGUCAGGGUGGGUGAGGCCUGGGUUCUAUGGGAAUGAAUGGGAACUUGCUAUAAACUUGCUGGUCAGGCAGGGCCCUGAUCCCUACUCACUGGGGCAGUCUUGGAGACGCUUGCCAAGCCAGGACUCAGUUGCCAUCCUCUGUCACACAGCGUGGUUGUCACCAUCCAGGCACAGGACUCAGGUUAGCUGUGGCUGUCAACCUGCCCCUAGAGAUUCCAUACUUCUCAGGCCUCUUCAGUCUCAGGGUCACUGACAUUGGCUCACUCUCGCUAAUGGUUGCCUGAGGUCUGGGCACUGGGCCACCACUCACCCUCCAGCCAGGGUUAAACAUUAGUGGGAGGUUUAUCGGGUUCGGAAAGGGGGUGGGGAAGCGUACUCGCAACAGUCUCCUCGGCGGCCCUGCCUGGAGCACCAGUUCCCACCCGAACCUAUACAAUGCCUGUGGAGGAGUUUGUGGCCGGCUGGAUCUCCGGAGCUGUAGGCCUGGUCCUGGGGCACCCGUUUGACACUGUAAAGGUGCGGUUACAGACCCAGAACACAUACCAGGGCAUUGUGGACUGCGUGGUGAAGACCUACCAUCAUGAGUCGGUCCUGGGCUUCUUCAAGGGGAUGAGCUUCCCCAUUGCCAGCGUAGCCCUGGUCAACUCCGUCCUGUUCGGAGUGUACAGCAACACGCUGCUGGCGCUCACAGCCACCUCCCACCAGGAGCGGCGGGCCCAGCCACCCAGCUAUACAAACAUCUUCAUAGCAGGCUGUACUGGGGGCCUCCUGCAGGCCUACUGCCUGGCUCCUUUUGACCUCAUCAAAGUCCGCCUACAAAACCAGACAGAGCCAAGGAUGCAGAUAAGGAGCUCUGAACCCCGAUACCGGGGUCCUGUGCACUGUGCAGCCUCCAUCUUGAGAGAAGAAGGACCCCAGGGACUGUUCAGAGGAUCGUGGGCCCUGGUGCUGAGGGACACCCCGACAUUGGGAAUGUACUUUGUCACCUAUGAAGGGCUCUGUCGUCAGUAUACACCAGAAGGCCAGAAUCCCAGUUCAGCCACAGUACUGGUGGCAGGGGGCUUUGCAGGCAUAGCCUCCUGGAUCACAGCCACACCUUUCGACGUGAUCAAGUCCCGGAUGCAGAUGGACGGGCUGAAAGGGAGAAAGUACCGGGGCAUGCUGGACUGUAUGGCAAGCAGCUUCCAGCAAGAGGGAAUAGGGGUCUUUUUCAAGGGCAUGACCCUCAAUAGUGCCCGUGCCUUUCCUGUCAAUGCUGCCACCUUCCUGAGCUACGAAUAUCUUCUGCGCUUGUGGAGAUGAACCUGGCAGGCGAUUCCAGCAACUCCACAGCAGGAUCAUGGCUGACAGCAGCUUGGAAAGCCAAGCUAAAGCACCCAGCUUGCAGGUACAAACCAAGAGGUGCCUUGUAUCACUCAAAGAGUUAUGGAGCCAAAGUGCAAGAAACCAAUGAGCCUGGUCCUGUGCAGACUCCAAGACACACCCAUUCCCACCCACCUCACCACAAGGGAUGCUUCCCAGGAAGCAGGGGCACACACGAGGCAUAAAUAAAUCACUGAAGGGACCAGUCCACUGGCCUGGCCCCGCCCAGCCCUGGGGUUCAGACCAUCCCCCUGGCCAGGAGAAUGUCUUCUGCCUCUCCAUUACCUUCAGGGAAACCCAGGUCCCAGCUCCUGGCUGUCCUGCCCAUUAGGUGUUCCUCUCUCUUGUCACUUCCUGCUGUGGUCCCUCAUGUGCCCAGAGUGCUGUGGCGUGUUGUUAUUGUCCCUCCAGUGGCCCACUCUCCCCCAAGAUCUGAGAGGCAGAGCUCUGACUCUGGGGCCCUCCCAGACCCUCUGUGCUGACUGUGGGGUGCCCAGCAACCCAGCCCUCCUGUCUACCUCAGUCACAGCUGUGUGCAGUGCUUCACGGUUACUUUUUCGCUCCUCUGAGUUGGUCUGUGCGAGUCUGGUGGGCAAGGCUAUACUUCUGUCUCUUGAAUGUGCAUGCAAUAAAGUUUCAUUUGAUGCAGUA